AUGUUCCUCACGACACUAAAAACAAUCUCACCACUUCAAACCCUCCUUCUCGCCAUCCUCACCAUAUUCACCAUCACAACAACCGCCUCCCCUCUCCCCCAACUCCACCCACGGGCCCUCCCGCCCACCCUCGUCCCACCGCCCUCAAGUCUCCCACCACCUCCCUCCGGCCUCGUUCUCAAGCGCGUCCUCCUCGGACUCGGCACGCAGAACUACACCUGCGCAACCUCCACCACCGCCAGCGCCCCCAAAUCCAACGGCGCCCUCGCAACCCUGCACGACCUGUCCCCGCUGCUCCUACCCGUCAAACCCAUGACCGCAGUCGCGGCCCUGGCGCCCCUCGUGCCGCCCCUCGCGCUCGCCCGCGCCGCCGAGUCCAGCUACACCACCGCGGCCUCGCUGCUCGGCCUCCCCUCAUCCGGGACGCACUUCUUCGACGCGGCGGGCGCGCCGAAUUUCGUGCUCAGUGGCGGCGCCGAGGUGUUUAGGGGCAAGCUGCAGGCGAGGACGCCGGCGGUGGUGCCGGCCGGGGGCAGUGCUGCGCCGGCUGUCGAUUGGCUGAUCCUGGCAGAUGCGGGGGGGAGCAGGGGAAGCUUGGUCGGCGGUGUGGUUUACAGAGUCUGGACAGCGGGUGGAGUUGUGCCGGCGAGCUGUGAGGGGCUGGGGAAGGAGGUCGGGGUCGGGUAUGCGGCUGUUUAUUGGGUUUAUGGGAAGCCGAGUGGGGACGAUGACGAUGAUGAUUGA